AUUAUUUUGACAGCAUCACUGUUUGACAUAAAAAUUCUGGCGUACUAUUUUUAGAAUUUAUUUACAUCGACCCAAAUUUCUUGAAAUGUUCUAAAUUAUUAUAAAUAUUUCUCUUAAAAAUUUACCAUGUCGACGUUACAAAAUCAAGAUCAGAAUCCUUGUCCACCUCAAAAAACCAAGCGAAUAAGAACUGGAAGGGACUCAGUGGAUUUUUGUAAAAUUGGAGGAUUAAAUAACCAUUUGAAAACCUUAAGAGAAAUUAUAAUUUUCCCACUGUUGCAUGGUAAUGUUUUCGCGCAUUUUAAUAUUAAAGCCCCCAGGGGAGUUUUGUUUUACGGUCCGCCUGGUACAGGAAAAACAUUGGUAGCCGCUGCUCUUGCCACCGAAAUAAAUAGAGAAGGAGUUGGUAAAGUGGCUUUUUUUCCUCGAAAAGGAGCUGAUGUUUUAGACAAAUGGGUUGGUGGUUCGGAGAAAAAUUUACGAGAUUUGUUUGAAAAGGCAACCAAAUCUAAGCCUUCAAUUAUAUUUUUUGAUGAGCUAGAUGGCUUAGCACCAGUGCGUGAGAAACAGAUGGACCAAAUUCACUCGAGUGUCGUAGCCACUUUACUAGCUCUAAUGGAUGGUCUAGAUAAUAAACCUGGUGUCAUUGUUAUCGGUGCUACCAAUAGAAUUGAAGCUCUGGAUCCGGCUUUGCGAAGACCAGGUAGAUUUGAUAAAGAACUCUAUUUUCCUUUACCAGGGGUAGAUGCCAGGAGGCAGAUUCUUGAAGUUCACACAUGCACAUGGAAACAUAAACCUAAUAACCACUUACUUACUGCUCUGUCAGAAGCAACAUCAGGUUUUAGUGGAGCCGAUUUACAGUACUUAUGCUCAGAGGCUAUUUUGAGAUGCAUGAAACGCCUUUAUCCAUGUUUAAAAGGAAUUAAAAUUGACCCUGAAAAAAUAAAGGUAGAAGAAUGUGAUUUUCUUGGUGCCCGAUUAUGCCAAGUCCCUUCGACUCAAAAAAAUGGAAUGAAAAUGCGUAAACUGACCUCCAUCAUAAAGCCUUUAUUGGAAGGACAGUUGAAUAAGAUUAUUAAAUCAAUACAAUCGUUUUGGCCGCAUUUUAUGGAUGAGAAUUUUAAAUAUAUUAUUGGAGAAGAACGAUAUGCCGGAAGGGUAAUUUUAAUGGCAAGCGCAAGACAAGGAGUUGAUAAUCAUAUUAUACCUGCAUUACUACAAAAUCUCGAAUAUUUGCCUUCAUUUGUAUAUGACGUUAACAAUGUCUUUAAGAAAGACGCCGUGCUGAAUGCUCGCCUUCAUUUUCCCUGUGUAGUUUUGUUAUCAAAAGUAGAUGAAUGGUGGAAUAUUAUCGAUGAAUGUGAACAACUACGAAUAGCCACUGCAUUAGAAGAAAUUCACGCAGGAUUACCAAUUCUCGUUUUAGCUACUUGCAGAAGGGAUAUACCUAAUAUGCUGGAGAAUUUUUUUUAUAAUAACAGUAGUAUACUUCUUAGAGUUCAAAAUCCUACCGAUGAAGAAAAGAAAUCUUUCUUAAAACCCCUUUUCUUUGAUAGAAAUUUGGUCAGUUUGAUUAGAGUUUUAGAAAAUUGUCGCAGCGGUGAUGUGGAUAAAAAGGAUAUUUUACGACCUAGUAGACGUGAUUUGCCAGACCGCAAAGCUAAGAAGCCUAUCAUAAAUAUAGAGAAGACUACUGGAAAACGAAAAAGAGAUUAUUCUAGCCCUUCGCCAAAUAAAAAACCGCGACAGAGAGGGCGCGGUUGUCGUAAAAACUUGGUUGUUCGAUGCAAUAGUGCUAACAGCUUAUACGACAUCAAUAAGGAAAUUAAACAAGAAAAGUCUGGAGACUUGAGCCUUAAAAGGUGUGAUAGCGCAAGCAGUGUAGAUGUUACUAAAAACGCUCCAUAUUUUGCGAGGAUUUUAAACAAGUUACUAAGUCAGCGCAAAGCAGAAAACUGGAUCAACUGUGGACAGUCACCUUUAAAAACUAUAAUGUUUAACAGGAAAUUUGACAAAGAAAAUGAAGUCUACUCAUGCUCUUCAUUGAAAAAUAACCAUGGCGACGAAGACAUCAAACGCAUUCACGCUUUGUGGAAACAUGCCUCAGUGGUAACCUCAAAAGACAUGGCAGUUUCGCAACUGGAGUUACUGUAUGAUGUUAUAUCCGCCUGUAUUAAUAUUCAUUGGAAUUCCUUCGAGCUACUAACAAAGAAUUUGGAAGAAAUCCUGAAGAACAUCGAACAAUCAAACAAUAUUGAGGUUUCAUAGACCCAUGAACAACAAAUUAUUAAUUUUUAUGUCUAGAACAUAUGUUUGUAAUAAAUCAAAAUUUGAAUCUCGUAA